UUGACUCUUCAGCUUUCGCCAUAUCCAUUUCCGUGUCAGUUGCAGUCUUGCAGAUAGAAGGAGAGCAGCCAUGGAGCUCUGUAUCAGUUCGACGACGGCGACGAGACUUCUACCUGCAAGCCGUCCGUGCGGAGAAUUUCGCUUCUACAGUUCUCCAUCUGCUUCACUCCGGCUUCCUUUUCUCCAGCUGAAUAAGAGAAGUAAUUGCUUCUUAAACUAUCGGGAACCGUCCUACAGUUUCCGAGAAAUUCAGUCUGGGUUAAGGCAAUGCCCAUGGAAACUUGCUGCUGCUGCUUCUACUUCCGUAGCAGUUGAAGAAGAGAAGGACACUCUCCCUGCCGAGCUCAGAGUGACGGAGACCGAGGAGCCUAAUUCAAGAGUGAGGUUGGGCGUGGAAGUUCCGCCAGAAGUUUGCGAGGAUUGCUACAAGAGAGUCAUCAGGGAGUUCAUGAAGCAGGCGAAGGUGCCAGGGUUUCGUCCUGGAAAGAAUGUUCCGGAGGGUGUUCUUGUGAAUUACGUCGGCAGGCAAAGUGUUCAGAAGGCUGCUGUUGAGUCUAUCUUGCAGAGGACUCUCCCUCAUGCACUGGCUUCGGUGAAUGAAAGGGCUUUGAAAGAUUCAGUUCGCAUUGCGACCAAUUACUCUGAGAUGGAGAAGACUUAUUCAUCUCUUAACAUCCUUAGAUAUGAUAUCAUUGUUGAUGUGGCUCCUGAACUCAAAUGGGUCCCUGAGGAUGGAUACAAACAAUUGAAGGUUGUUGUGGAGAUAGACAGUGAUAUAGAUGCACAGGUAGCUUCUGAACAGGAAUUUAGACGUCGUCACAAGUCCCUUGGUGCUAUGAGAAUUGUAACUGACAGAGGACUGCAGAUUGGUGAUGUUGCGGUGCUUGAUAUAUCAGCAAAAAGACUUGAGAGUGAAGGAUCGGACAGUAUUCCAGAUGCUGAGAGUAAAGGAUUCAAUUUUGAUACAGAGGAUGGUGACAAAGUACUCCCAGGAUUUCUUAAUUCAAUAAUAGGGAUUCGACCAGGUGAAGUAAAGUCUUUUCCACUUGCGUUUCCUGAAACAUGGAGACAAGAAAAUCUUCGUGGUGUUCAUGCGGAAUUUUCUGUUGAAUGCAAGGAAUUAUUUUAUAGGGAUUUGCCACAGUUGGAUGAUUCUCUUGCUGAGAAACUUGUUCCUGGAUGCACCUCUAUACAACAGGUCAAGGAUUUGUUGUUGGAGAAGUGCCUGGAAGUUGAGCAAACAGCAAGAGAGCAAGCAACUGAUAAUGCAAUUCUUGACCAGCUUUGUAAGAUGGUAGAGGUUGAUAUUCCCAAGUCCUUAUUCGAGGAACAAGGUAGACAACUUUAUGGAGCCAAACUUCUCCAGAUCCAGGCAAAUAUGAAACUUAAUGAAGAGCAGUUGGCUAGGCUGUCAAGUCCUAGGGCAGUAAAUGAGUACCUGGAAGGCCAGAAGGAGAACAUAACCAGAGUGAUAAAACAAAAUCUGGCAGUUGGGGAUAUCUUCAAACGAGAAAAACUGGAGAGUUUGCAACGGAAGAACUGCUGAAAGAGGUUGAAAACUCUAUAGCUGAGUUCAAACGUACUCAACAAGAAUACGAUGAGGACCGUGUGAAGGAACAGGUUCAGGAGAUACUAGAAGGAGCUAAAGUGCUGGAAUGGUUGAGAGAGCAUGCCGACAUUCAGUGCAUUACCAAGUGAUUGCAGAAGGAACCGUUUCUUUCCGACGCGGUAAGGGAAGACUUGUUCCACAAGGAACCAGCAUAGCAUCAGCCAUGAUGAAUUGGUGGUCGGUCGGUCGUUCCAUCCAUCCAUCCAUCAUUCCCGGCAAUGAAAAAGGAAAAGCAGAUAGGAAGGGCUUCCUUCCAAAAGAGGAGGAAAGAUUCUCUUUCCGGUGAGGGAUGGUCAAAUUUUGGAGGAACAGAUGGGCCGAAACCCUAGAUAAGGAUAUUGGGCGGUGAGAUACUACAAUCAAGUAAUUAAUAAUCAGAUAAUUCUUGUUGUAUAAUUGUGCGUAGUGAUGCCGUAAUGCGGGGGUUAACGAGUAAUUUACAAAAUUAUUGUUGGUUAAUCUCUUACCUAGGCCACCUAACCUAAGUAAACGUGAAACGUAGCACCG